UUGUUUAGUCGCCGCUGGGAAUUCGUCGCGUUAAGUAUUUUAUUAAAAUUAUUUGUGUGCAUUAUAUUUACUUUAAAUAAGGAAAUUAACCUUGUUUUUUAUUAAAAAAAUAAGUAAUAAUAACUUUACACAGUGUCUUUAGUUUUAAGAAAACAAAACUUAUACAAGUAUCUAAAAAGUAACCACUAUUGAAAUAAAUAUUAAUAACAAGUUGAAAUACGUACAAGUAUCAAAAGUUGUGAUAUCAAUUUUCAAUUAGAAACAACAAAGUGUGAUCAAUUAAUCAGCUAGCUGCGGCACCACUACGGCGACUAAUAUAAAAACACCAAUUGACGCUGCUAAAUUCGAUGCAAAGGCGGCGGACCAUUGAGCUGACAAGAUGAAAUUCGCCGAACAUCUCUCGGCGCACAUAACGCCGGAAUGGCGUAAGCAAUACAUUAACUAUGAGGAAAUGAAAGCCAUGCUUUACAUGGCCGUCGAGGAAGCGCCCUCUGUCGACAGCGUUGAAGAUGAGGUGCUCAAACGUCAUUUCGCCAAUUUCGAUGAGAAUUUCUUUCAUUACUGCGACAAGGAAUUGAAGAAAAUCAACACAUUCUAUUCGGAAAAGUUAGCCGAAGCGACACGUAAAUUCGCCACACUCAAUGCCGAGCUGAAGACGUGCAUCGAAGAGUCGGAGCGCUCGGCGAAAAAAUCGAAAUCGUUGAAAAAACCCGGUUUACCGCAUCGCAAGGCGGCCGAACUGAAACUGGCGUUCAGUGAAUUUUACUUGAGCUUAAUUUUAUUACAAAACUAUCAGAAUUUGAAUCAUACCGGUUUUCGCAAAAUUCUCAAGAAGCAUGAUAAGCUACUGCGCGUCGACACCGGUGCCAAGUGGCGUCAGGAGUAUGUCGAAGCCUCACAUUUCUUCACCAAUAAAGAUAUUGAUAAUAUUAUCAAUGAAACGGAGACCACCGUCACGACUGAGUUGGAGAGCGGCGAUCGUACGCGCGCUAUGAAACGUUUGCGUGUACCGCCCUUGGGUGAACAGCAGAGUCCCUGGACCACGUUUAAAGUUGGUCUAUUUUCCGGUAGUUUUAUUGUGCUUGCCAUAGUGGUGGUGUUGUCGGCAAUUUUCCACGAUAUUACCGGCGAAAAUCUCAAAGUCACUUUCCGUCUGUAUCGCGGUCCACUGCUUAUCAUUGAAUUCAUCUUUCUGAUUGGCGUUAACAUCUACGGCUGGCGUUCGUCCGGUGUCAAUCAUGUGCUCAUCUUCGAAUUAGAUCCGCGUAAUCAUCUCUCCGAACAACAUCUAAUGGAAUUAUCUGCGAUAUUUGGCGUAAUAUGGACGCUGAGCAUGUUAAGCUUCUUAUAUAGCGCCAGCUUAAGCAUACCGGCUUUCAUUAAUCCGCUUACACUGACGAUUGUGAUGGUGGCAUUCUUGUUGAAUCCAUUUCAUGUAUUCCACCACGAUGCACGUUUCUGGCUGCUGCGCAUAACUGGUCGCAUGGUGGCGGCGCCAUUCUUUCAUGUCGGUUUCGCCGAUUUCUGGCUUGGCGAUCAGUUGAAUUCACUCAGCACAGCCUUGCUGGAUUUCGAGUAUUUAGUGUGUUUCUAUUUCACCAAUGGCAAUUGGUUUUCGGCGCUCGAUGCGACAACAUGCAUGGAAAAAGAUUUUAUUAUACGUCCGAUAUUUAAUUGUUUGCCAGCGUGGUUCCGUUUUGCGCAGUGUUUGCGGCGUUAUCGCGAUACGCGUGAAGCCUUUCCUCACUUGGUGAAUGCGGGAAAAUAUUCGAGUACUUUUGCUGUGGUGAUAUUCGCAACAUUAAGGAGCUUCAAUAAUCGCUACUAUUCGAGCACAUUUGACAAUCCCUACACCUGGCUGUGGAUUAUUGCCUCUAUCGUCUCAUCAUGUUAUGCGUACACUUGGGAUAUAAAGAUGGAUUGGGGUCUCUUCGAUAAGAAUGCGGGCGAGAACACAUUUUUGCGCGAGGAAAUCGUGUACUCAACAGGCUUUUAUUACUUUGCCAUCAUCGAGGAUUUGGUGCUACGUUUCCUAUGGGCUCUAUCAUUUUAUCUAACUGAAAUGAAAAUUGUUAGCAGCGAUAUUAUGACAUCCAUAACGGGUAUUUUAGAAGUAUUCAGACGUUUCGUAUGGAAUUUCUUCCGUUUGGAGAACGAACAUCUCAACAAUUGCGGUAAGUUCCGUGCCGUACGCGACAUCUCAAUUGCACCCAUCGACUCAUCCGACCAAACACAAAUCCUACGUAUGAUGGACGAACCGGAAGGCGUUAUAAAUCGUUAUACGAAAACUAAUCGCCCGAAGCCGAAAAAGAAUAAGGAUCCUGAAAAGCGUAGCUUGCUACAGCCACGUGGCUCGCUGCAGGAUCUUACCAUCGAUAUUGAUGGCACGAAGAAAUUGUAAAAUCGUGCGAUAAUAAUGAUCUGAAACUAAAUCUUAAGUAACAAUUAAGUGCUGAAAAGUCCUGAUCCCCUAAAUAACGGUACCGAAAUGUAUGCUUCCAAUGUGAGAAUUGUAAGGAAUAAUUAGUGAAAACGUAAAACUUAGCCAAUAAGUCAUAAUAGUAAUAUGUAUACGUUUGCCAACCAUCUUUUACACAAAACUUAUUUACAUUUAGUACAAUUUUCUUUGGGCAUAUUAAUUUAAGUACUUAAAGUUAGAGCAGUUUAUUUUUUAUACCACCGCUAAAAGCCAACAGUACUUUCAAACGUUUCGAAGUGUAAAAAGUGUGAAACUCCCACUGAUUUGCUAGAACACCCUUUGACCACAACACUAUAUAUCUAUUCGGCAGUAUUACUUAUGUAUGUAAUUACAAAUAAUUUUUCGUACUUACACGUUUUUUGAAAAGUUUAUUUUGUUUCGUUUGGUAUUUUUUGUUUUUGUGCUAACCAAUUCGUGCAAGCAAAUGUGGUAUGUAAUUGAAAAGACAAGACACUAAACCCUUUAGAUUUAGUAUACAUUUAAAUAUAUACAUAUAUGAAAUAAAAAUAUAUUCUAGGUUAUGAAAUUAAGUAACCGUUAGCGACAUUACCUUUUGUUAACCCAAAACAUUCCCCCAAUUGGACUUUUGCUAAAAUGUUAAACAUUUACAAAAAUAUACAUAUAUACUGAUAAUUAGCUAAAAAUUAAAAUUAAUUAAAAAAAUUAAACAUUUUUGCAUAUAAACUAAAUUUUGUUAUUGCUCUUUUUCUCACAUAUACAUAUGUAGUUAGCCCUAGGCGCAUUUGCUAAAUAUAUGAAACUAAAAAAAUAUGAAAUUGUAGACACUCAUUUUAUUGAUGAGCGUUAUAUACACAUACAUACCUACAUAUAACCCUGUAUACCAAACUAUUAUUGUCUAAACCGUAGUAAUAUUAAUGCUAAUUGGAUUGUAAGCUUAAAGUAGUAGUCCAACGAAUUACUGUAAUACUAAUAAUACUAACUAACGAUACACAAUAAAACUUCAUAUACAGAAAAAAUCUUAAA